AUGACGGAUAUCACCUUAAGGGUGGCAGGUAGGAUCCAUGCCAAAAAAGCUUCUGGAAGCAAGCUCAUCUUCUAUGACCUUCAAAGACAGGUGGUCAAAUUGCAAGUGAUGGCUAAUUCCAGGAAUUACAAAUUAGAAGAAAAAGUCGUUCAUACCAAUAACAAACCACAUCGAGGAGACAUAAUUGACAUCCAGGGAAAUCCAAGAAAGAAAUCCAAGAUCACCACAUACAGAAGAAGUUUUUUGCAUGAGUUGGGAUUCCUGGAGAUUGAAACACCCGUGAUGAACAUCAUCCCCAGAGGCACAGUGGCCACACCUUUCAUCAUGUACCACAAUGAGCUGGACAUGAACUUAUAUAUGCGAAUUGCUCUAGAGCUCCACCACAACAUUCUGGUGGUUGGUGGCCAUGACCAGGUUUAUGAAACUGGAUACUACCACGACCUCAUGGAAAUCACAGAGGAGAGGAUGUCAGGGAUGGUGAAGCACAUCACUGGCCGUUACAAGGUCACCUACCAUCCAGAUGGCCUCCAGGCCCAAGCUUAUGAGAUCGACUUCACUCCACCCUUCAGGAGAAUCAGCAAGGUGGAAGAACUUGAGAAAGUCCUGCGGGUGAAGCUGCCAGAAACGAACCUCUUUGAAACUGAAGAAACAUGCAAAAUUCCUGAUGAUAUCUGCACAGCAAAAGCUGUUGAAUGUCCUCCACCUCACACCACAGCCAGGCUCCUUGAUAAGCUUGUCGGAGAGUUCUUGGAACAUUUUGAGCUCUUUAUCAUGAAGAAGGAAGUGUGCAAUGCCAACACUGAGCUGAAGGACCCCAUGCAGCAGGAACAGCUCUUUGAAGAACAGGCCAAGGCCAAAGCCGCUGGUGACAAUGAGGCCAUGUUCAUAGAUGAGGACUUCUGUACUGUCCUGGAAUAUGGGCUGCCCUCGACACCUGGCUGGGGUAUGGGCAUUGACCCGGUCACCAUGUUCCUCAUGGACUCCAAUAAUAUCAAGGAAGUACUUCUAUUGCCUGCCAUGAAACCUGAAGAUAAGAAGGAGGACACAGGAGCCACUGAUAAUCCGGAGAGCAACCCAGUUGGCACUUCUGUCUAG